AUGGAUAUCAAUCAAACUAAAUUCACAAACCACACAUGGAAUCUUGAUAUGCACAUGGAAGAUCAAAUUCUCCAUCAUGACCAGAUACCUUCUGACUCAAUUUGGCCUAGCUACCCUCUCCAAACACAACAAACACCAGUUCCAGCUUCAAACCAAAUACCACUCUCAACCCUUCUUAGUCAUAACCAUAUAGGAAACAAUACGGAGGAAGCUGAUCAUCAGGAUGAGCGAGAUGAAGAACUAGGAGCAAUGAAAGAAAUGAUGUAUAGAAUUGCCGCGAUGCAGCCCGUAGACAUAGAUCCGGCCACGAUUCGCAAGCCUAAAAGGCGAAACGUUAGGAUUAGCGAUGACCCUCAGAGCGUGGCAGCGCGUCUUAGGCGAGAAAGGAUAAGUGAAAAGAUCAGAAUUCUUCAAAGGCUUGUCCCUGGGGGAAGAAAAAUGGACACUGCUUCAAUGCUAGACGAAGCAAUCUGUUACGUGAAGUUCUUGAAACGGCAAAUUCGCUUACUUCAACCAACCAAUCAUCAUCAGCACCAACCAUGCAAUACUAAUGGAGAUUGGCAAAUUUCAUACAAUAACAAACCUCUUGAUUCUACCACCACCAUCACCACUUCUUUCUCCCUGGAACCCCGAGCCAUGGGAGGGUUUGGAUACGUUCUUGGUGGUAAUGGGGGCAAUCCCAUGUGCUUUAAUCACGAGGUAAUUAGUGAUCAGGGCUAA